GGAGAGGAUGAAGGCCAACCCAGCAGCCUCCUCCCAGGAGGCCUGCAGAGCUGCAGGCCAGGGUGAGAAGGGCUGCCCUGUCUGCCAGGCCUGGGGAGGAGUCUCAGGCCUGGGGUGGGAGUCAGGGCCUGGGCCCGGGCCAGGUACUGCUUCAGGAUCUAGAGCAGAGCCUGCUACUGUUCUGGGGCCUGGUGCUAUGUCAGGACCUGGGCCGAGGCCUGGUAUGAUUCUAGAACCUGCACCAGGGCUUGGUGCUGUGUCUGGACAUGCGCCAGGGCCUGGUGUGGUUCUGGAAACUGGACAAGGGCCUGGUGUGUCUCUAGAACCUGGACCAGGACUUGGUGCUGGGUCCAGACAUGGGCCAGGGCCUGGUGUGGUUCUGGAAACUGGACCAGGGCCUGGUGUGUCUCUAGAACCUGGACCAGGACUUGGUGCUGGGUCCAGACAUGGGCCAGGGCCUGGUGUGGUUCUGAAAACUGGACCAGGGCCUGGUGUGACUCUAGAACCUGGACCAGGGCUUGGUGCUGGGUCCAGACAUGGGCCAGGACGUGGUGUGGUUCUGGAAACCGGACCAGAGCUUGGUGCUGGGUCCAGACCUGGGCCAGGGCCUGGUACUACAUCAGGACCUGGGCUGGGUCUGGGGCCUGGGGCAGGAGCUGGGUCAGUCCCUGGGCCGGUACCUAGGGCAGAAGCUGCACCAUUACCUGGACCAGGGGUAGAGCCUCGGCCCAGAAGGGGGUCUGGAACUGGGCCCAAACCCAGUGAGCCAGAGAUAGCCACCACAUCAGCCCCGCAGCUAAAGACUCAGGCCACACACAUGCAGGCCCCUCGGCAGAAGGUUCUGGUGACCGGAGGAGGAGGCUACCUGGGCUUUAGCCUGGGUUCCAGCCUGGCCAAGAGUGGCAGUUCCGUCCUACUGCUCGACCUCCGCAGACCACAGUGGGAGCUGUCCCCGGGGACCGAGUUCAUCCAGGCGGAUGUCCGCGAUGAAGAAGCCCUGUACCGUGCCUUCGAAGGGGUGGACUGUGUCUUCCACGUGGCCUCCUAUGGAAUGUCCGGUGCUGAGAAGCUGCAAAAAGAGCAGAUUGAGUCUAUAAAUGUUGGAGGCACCAAACUGGUGAUCAGUGUUUGUGUCCGUCGGCGGGUCCCAAGGCUCAUCUACACCAGCACCGUCAACGUCGUUUUCGGCGGGAAGCCCAUAGAACAGGGUGAUGAGGACUCUGUGCCAUAUUUCCCGCUGGAGAAGCACACAGAUCACUACUCGCGAACCAAAGCCAUCGCCGACCAGUUGACCCUCAUGGCCAACGGAACUCCUCUCCCAGGAGGAGGCACUCUGCGGACGUGUGUGCUCCGGCCCCCAGGGAUCUAUGGGCCCGAAGAGCAGAGGCACCUGCCCCGCGUGGCGAGCCACAUCAAGAAGAGGCUAUUCAUAUUCCGAUUCGGGGACCGCAGGACGCGGAUGAACUGGGUGCACGUGCGCAAUCUGGUGCAGGCCCACGUGCUGGCAGCUGAGGCCCUCACUGCGGCCAAGGGCUACGUGGCUAGUGGCCAGGCAUAUUACAUCAAUGACGGGGAGAGCGUCAACCUCUUCGAGUGGAUGGCCCCCCUGUUUGAGAAGCUGGGGUACAGCAAGCCCUGGAUCCAGGUGCCUACUUCCUGGGUUUACCUAGCAGCUGCAGUGAUGGAGUAUUUGCACCUGGCCCUGAGGCCCAUCUGUAGUGUCCCGCCGCUGCUGACCCGGAGCGAGGUGCGCAGCGUGGCCGUGACGCACACCUUCCAGAUCGCCAAGGCCCGCACCCAGCUCGGCUACGCGCCAGACAAAUUCCGCUUCACGGACGUCGUGGAACAGUAUGUGCGGUCCACGAGCCAGCGGCCCUGCGGCUGUACGGCGCGGACGCUCCUACGGCUGCUGCUCGGGCUGCUGCUGCUGCUCGGGCUGCUCGCCCUGGCCCUGCACCUGCUAGGCCUUCCGCGGUCCUUUCUCUGAUCUUCGUCGC